CACGUGACCAUCGUUUUUCACUGGCUUCCACAUACUUUGAUUUCUGAAACGAAUGUACAACCUUAUCUUCUACGACGUUUCAAUAAACUAAAAAUGGCUUCCGACUCAGGGGACGAAGGGGUCGAUCUGUUCAAGGAGCCCGAUGACUACUAUCAGCCAGAGAAGGAAGCCACCUUCGCAUCCCACCAACUGCUGUCUGGAAAAGACCUGAAUAUCAGGCUCGUUGGUCACAAUCCACUUUGGGGCCAUUUCCUGUGGAACGCCGGGCGGACCAUCUCUCACUACCUAGAAGAACGUUCAGACGAACUCGUCAGAGGGAAAACAAUUCUCGAAUUAGGAGCUGGAGCCGGAUUACCAAGUCUUGUCUGCACCCUCAAUGGCGCUGCUCAGGUCGUGGUCACGGACUACCCCGAUGCUGAUCUUAUCGAUAACCUACGAUACAAUAUCGAUCAUUGCAACCUUCUCCCCAGCCCCAAGGCUAUUGUCGCCGAGGGCUACCUAUGGGGCGCUCCCGUUGAUCCAUUGACGAGCCACAUCACCGAUCCAGCUGGAUUCGACGUCUUGAUUCUCGCCGACCUGCUUUUCAAUCAUUCUGAGCAUGCAAAACUCGUCAAGACUGUGCAGUUGACUUUGAAGAAGUCGCCACAGUCGCGAGCAUACGUCUUCUUUACUCCCUACCGCCCUUGGCUGCUGGAAAAGGAUUUGGCAUUCUUUGAUCUUGCAAAGGAAGCUGGGUUCGCCGUCACCAAGACAUUCGAAAAAGUUAUGGACAAAGUCAUGUUUGAGGAGGACCCUGGUGACGAACUUCUACGAAGAACUGUUUAUGGCUACGAAUUAAGCUGGAGUACUUAAUAGAUGCGAAGAGUCCACAACAAAAAACUGCUCGAAAAAGAUACCCCAAAGGCAAAAGCCACACACGAUAGAGCUGGGAGAAUUCAAGAAUAUUCUUUGUUCCAUUUUGAACAUGUCACCACCUGUCUCAAAACUCGCAUUUAAGCUCAUGACUACGUCUAUUGAUACCACAUACAAACAAGUUUCAUGCUAAGCAUCCCAUUCCGUAUUCGCCAAUCGAUCCACGUGAGGAUCUAGAACUCUACACGAAACGUCAUUGGCCGCACGGCCUCUACUAUCGAAGCGAAAAAACAAC